AUGGGCACGAGCUGCGUUGGAUGGGAUAUCGUCGUGUUCGAGUGCGAGUCGGUGUUGGCGCAGUGCAGCUCGUGCUGCUUAACCACCACCACCACCACCACCACCACCACCACCACCACCACCACCACCACCACCGCCGCCUCUGAAUCCAACAUGUCUCGAUCCAGACAAGCGUCCGGGCCGACGCCCACCACGCCGCUGCGGCGCAUCUCGCGCGGCUCGCUCAACGCGCUCUCGCACUCGGCGUCCAAGCAGCUCGGCACCGGCUCCACGCCGCUCUCGUUUCUGCAGGGCGCGAUGAGCGACCUGGCCGAGGAGGUGGGCGUGCUCAAGCUCAACCUCGAGAGCAUCGAGGCGGUGCACGACAGCCUGCACAGCUUCAACGAGAACUUUGCCAUGUACAUGUACGGCCUCAAGAUGAACGCCUACUGCGUCGAGUGGCCCGAGGCGCCGCUGGCGGACAACUUUGAGCGCGCCGAGAAGCGCAUCGCGCAGCAGGCGCAGCAGUAUGCGGCGCAGCACGACCUCGAUCUGGCGCUCUCCGCUCAGGGAUAUGCGGGGGGUGCGGGUGAGACGGUCAAUCCGGCUGCCGACCAGACCUACGUCACCACCGACGACGAGAGCAUCUACCGCACCGACGCGGCGCCCCUCGUGACCGCCAAUGCACCAGCCGCCAAACCGGCACUCAAGUCGGCACUCAAGAAACCCGCCACAGCGACAGCAGCCGCCAAAAAGCCUGCUGCGCCUGCUGCAGCGGGAGCUAAGCCCAAGAUGACGCUGGCGCAAAAGAAGAAGCGCGAGGCGUAUACGGACGAGAUCAUCGAGACGCUGCCGCUCGAGUACCGCGGCGGGGGCAACGAUCCGAAGCAGAACGCGAUGGCCAAGCACGUAUGCAUGGCGCUCAUCGCCGCGGGUCCCAAGGGGCUGCGCAUCGCCGAGAUCGUCAAGAAUCCGGAAAUGUCGCAGGCCAAGAUCAACAAGACGCUCAUCGCGCUCGUCGCCGCCAAACACGUGGUCAAGGCGAGCAACAACGUGCGUCUUGCUUUACUCUGCUCCUGGUUCUCUGCGUCGUCGUGA